UCGACAAGUGCGGUUGCGCUCGGAGCUUGCCGUACCGGAGCAGCGGUGUGCGCGUUUGUGUGUGCGGUGCGGUGUGUCUACGAUAGAAGCGCGCGUGCGUGCGCUUGGCAAGUGGUCCUGUCAGUGCAUCCAGUUGUUGUGAGGCGAGGCACGCAUGGCCGGCUUGUUGCAGCCUCCUACUGCCGCCAACGGCAACGCCGGGGGAGUGUGCGCCGCCGGUGGCCUAUCAGCUCCCAGCAGCCCAUCUCUGGGAAACCGACUCACCGUUCCAGGGUGCCAGGGUCCACGAGACCGCAAGUACAGCCUACCCCUUCAGCUUCAACGGCGACCGUCGCUGUCCGGAUACGCGGCCGCGGUUGAGUCGGCUCGCGAGGAUGCCCGCCGGCGCAAGUUCAGCCAGGUCGGCCAGGUGGUGUCUCACCGACUGUCCACCACCAUCGGCUGGAAGGUGUACACGGUGACCACCCAGGAGGUGGCCGAUCAGGCCAAGAGCCUGUGCGGCCGCUACCUGCGCGCCAAGCUCAAGCAGUGCGGUGCCGUGCACAAGAAGCUCGGCCUUCAGCGGCUGCGCAGCGUGAGCAACCUGAGCGUCGGCUACCCGACGUCGGACGUGGCUCAGAGGCUGCGACUCGUGUGCUCCGAGCUCGAGAGCUCGCACCCCGACCUUUACCAG